AUGCUGCAGGGCUGGACGAUGCUGGGUGCUAGCUGUCCCGUAGACAACUGCUACACGCCACUAAUGCGUAAUAAGCAGGGAAAGAUGUUCUGUGUGCGGUGCGACCAGUUUGUAGUCACCGAGGAGGAAGCCAAGAAGCAGGCGGCACAGGAGGCUGAGGAACUUGCUGAGGCCGAGAAGGAAGAUGCCGAGGCUGAAGCUCGAUAUGAGGAGGAGCGCGCUCGCCACAUCGAGCAGCAAUUCCGCUUGCAGGAGCAAGCCAAGAAGGCCAGAGAGAUGCAGGAACUAGAGCAAGGGAAGACGCAGCGGGCGCCUGCAGCAAAUGGAGCUGCUAAGCGCAAGAUCGACAGUGCGGUGGGCACUAGCCCCGAAAGCGAUGCAGAAGUGAACGCCAUUCGCCGCCAGACCCUCGCUGCGCUUUAUCAGGUGGAGCAUCCGCAUUUUUUCUAA